AUGUACUCUUGCAUUUCCAUUAAUUCAAAAGAUAGUAUUGAAGAAUUCUUAUCUCUUUAUCAUUGUAAAGAUUCUCAUCAAAAAGUCCUCUUAAAAAAAGAAAGAGAAAUUGUUAAGUACUUAAAAUCACUUGGACUAUAGAUGAAAACAGAUCCACUUAUGAAAUUUUAACAGAAGAAUAAGUAUUCAAUUACAUAAUUUAGUCUAAUCUUAUAAAGUGAUAACUCUUUUGAUAAAGAAAUAGUAUUAGAAAAAAAAGAAUUCGAAGAUGAUGAUGAUAUAGAUGACAACAAUGAGGAACUUCAAAUAAACAACAAUCCUUUAUUUAGAAAAAGAACCAGCAAAAAAUUAAUAAGAGUUUUUUCUUUCGAGAAAAAUGAUAAUAACUCAUUUGAUUAAGAAUAAUAGAACUCCUCAUUAUAAUUAACUUGA